AUGACAGCCGCGGGGGGCGACCCCGCGAGCUCCAGUGAGAGCAGCUCGUCCAGCUUAGACACCAGCGACAGCAGCAGCUCCCGGAGCCUGAGCUCUGAGAGGUCGCAGCAUGAGGAGCGAAGCGAUGGGGAGGGGACGUCCCAGGGCCGCCAAAGCAGCGAGCGAAGCUCCAGCGGCACUCCAUCAGUGAGUACACCAACUGUGUCCGGAGGCACAUCCCUGACCCCUGGCCCGGGCCUCCGGGCGCGUCCCGGGGUGCCGGACUUCCACGCGGCGGUCCUCAAUGUCGUGGAUAUGCUGCACACGACGCUGGCUUGCCAAGUUGAGACGGAAGCGCAGUCGGCGAAAAGCACAGAAGACUCUGCCACCCAGGAGCUGCAACGCAUCCCAUCGCUGCAGUCCUUGCUCAAGCUCAAGGAUGGCGACGUGGAUGAACUGAUGGGCCGCCCCAGGCGGCCUUCGCAAGGUGAGGGCGCACCCGCGGAAGCUAAGCGGCCGUCCCACUUCCGCGACCGUCAUGGCAGGAUGCGGCACAAUUGGAAUUCAGUGAACUUUGAAACGCUCGCACUGGGCAUGAGGCAGCAGAACGACAAGAAAGCGGAGACUGAGCUGGAGAAACAUUGGGGCGACAUCGCUGGCAAGCUGGCCUUCGUCCUGACACGGCUGGAGCAGGUCGUGCCAAUGUCGAAGUCAAGGCUGCUCAAUGAGGCUCUCGGAACUGGCACUCGCCGGAUGAGCGAAGCCACCAUGCAGGUCAUGGAAGGGGUGCUGCAGUCCCGGGUCGAUCUCGGAGGUUUGCUGCAGGCGUUGUCCCGGAGCGACCCCAUGCGGUUGCUAAAGGACUCCGCGAACGUCAGCAUCUUUGCUCGGCUGGAGGAGUUCGCUGCGUACGAGAAGGCUGUUGAAAGAGCCCGCAAGAAGUCAAGGCGGUUCAAUCCUGUGCCCGAGGUCCGGGAGCACCAGAUCGACUCCCCGGAGACUUGGAUUCGUCAGGAUGUUUCGGAUGUCUACUGGAUGUGUGAGCAUGAGCUGUUCCGACGGUUCUUGCCAGAGAUGGUGCACCUCGUGCUCCAGCGCUGGAGCGUCCAGCAAGGCGGAGAGAUGGAGAGGGGAUGA